GUCUGUCUCUCUCUCAUCUCAAUAUUUACCAUAGAGAGAGAGAGAGAGAUAAGAGGAAUCUCAUUCUCACAAGAAAUAGGCAGCCACAGUAUAGCUCAUCAUCAUCAUCAUCAACGAGUUGAAGAAGAGAUGAAGAAUGAUUAAAUGAAGCCACUUCCACUUAAACUAAAGCUAACACCAGCACAUACUUUUCUCCUUCAAUUCAUUCUCUGUAUACCUCUCUCUCUCUCUCUCUCCACAGUUCAUCAUCAUCUACAGCAAUUACACGCACAACACACAGUGUUCUUUCUUGCAAUCUGCAGUGUGAAAAAUGAGCCCUGAAGACUCCUUAAGAUCUCUCUCCUUGGACUACCUCAAUCUGCUCAUCAACGGUCAGGCUUUCAGCGAUGUGACCUUCAGCGUAGAGGGCCGUCUCGUCCAUGCCCACAGGUGCAUCUUAGCAGCCCGAAGCCUGUUCUUCAGGAACUUCUUCUGCGGGCCCGACUCUCAGUCGUCGGGCCUGGACCCGUUGAGAAUGGGCCCCGGUACGGGCUCUCCCAGAGGCCCCAUCACACAGGUGAUACCGGUGAACUCUGUGGGAUAUGAGGUUUUCUUGUUGCUUCUGCAGUUCUUGUACAGUGGGCAUGUUUCGAUUGUACCCCAGAAGCAUGAGCCACGGUCUAAUUGUGGGGAGAGGGGUUGCUGGCACACACAUUGCUCCUCCGCCGUUGAUCUUGCUCUUGCCCUCGCAGCCGCUAGAUCUUUUGGUGUCGAACAACUUGCUUUGCUUACUCAGAAACAAUUGGAAAGCAUGGUAGAGAAAGCAUCAAUUCAAGAUGUGAUGAAGGUUUUAAUAGCUUCAAGAAAACAAGAAUUGCACCAACUUUGGACUACUUGUUCUCAUCUAGUAGCAAAAUCAGGCCUCCCACCGGAAAUCCUAGCCAAACACCUCCCUGUCGACGUUGUCGCAAGAAUUGAAGAGCUCCGCCUCAAGUCCUCCCUCGCCCACCGCUCCCUCCUCCCUCCCCACCAUCACCAUCAUCACCACCUAGGCGCCGCCGCUGACCUUGAGGAGCAGAAAAUCAGGCGAAUGAGGCGGGCCCUUGACUCCUCCGACGUCGAACUCGUCAAGCUCAUGGUCAUGGGAGAAGGUCUCAAUCUUGAUGAAGCAUUAGCACUGCAUUACGCAGUAGAGAAUUGCAGCCGGGAAGUAGUGAAAGCUCUGCUCGAACUCGGCGCAGCCGAUGUUAACUACCCGGCGGGUCCGGGGCCGGCGGGCAAAACCCCACUUCAUAUCGCCGCAGAGAUGGUGUCGCCGGACAUGGUGGCGGUGCUCCUGGACCACCACGCUGAUCCCAAUUGCCGAACCGUUGAUGGGAUCACUCCGUUGGAUGUGCUCCGAACCCUAACAUCAGAUUUUCUCUUCAAAGGCGCCGUUCCAGGGUUAGCCCAUAUCGAGCCCAACAAGCUGAGGCUUUGUCUUGAGCUGGUGCAGUCAGCAGCAAUGGUGAUCUCGAGGGAGGCGGAGAACGCGAGUGCGCCGUCGUCCACCGCCGUUUAUGCACCGAACGGUGAUGAUCAUGGUAGCAGCGCAAGCAGCGGCGGAGCUAACAUGGCAGCGGCCGCCGCAAUGAAUCGACGUGGGACUUCAAUGUACCAUCAUCACUCCCAUGAUCAUCAGUAUUAACACAUCCUCUCUCUCUCUCUCUCUCUCCCCUCCUCCCUCUCUCUCUCUCUCUAUAUAUACAGAACUGUUUUGAGUAAUAUGGGAUGGAAGAUCUGCAAAAGGGUAGUUUGAGAAUGCAAGGAGAUGACAAUUAGUUGAUUUUGAUAUUUGAGGGCUUUGGUUUUUUUAUU